AACCCCAUCAGAGCCAGAAGCAGAAGCUCGGAGUGGAGUAAAUAGAAAUAAAAAAAUCCAUUUACUACUCCCACAGGGACAGGGACAGGCAGAGGGGAAGAUGAAGAUGGGGGUUCCGGCUAUGCAUGCGAAAUCGGACUCAGAGGUGACCAGCUUUGACGCUUCCACGCCGCCCCGAUCCCCCCGCCGUGCGCUCUACUACGUCCAGAGCCCAUCCCAUCAUGACCUUGAGAAGAUGUCUUACGGAUCCAGUCCAUGCGGCUCGCCCCGUAACUACCACUACCAAUAUCACUGCUCACCCAUUCACCACUCCCGUGAGUCUUCCACUUCCAGAUUCUCAGCCUCUCUCAAAAUCACCAGAAAUCCUGCUCCUUGGAAGCGCCUCCCUACCGCCUCCAACCACCUACAACCCCAAGAAGACGACGAUGAAGACCAGCAGGACCCCUAUUACCCCUUCAAGUUUUACGUCAUCUGCUUUCUCUUCUCUUUCGUCCUUCUCUUCUCCAUUUUUUCGCUCAUCCUCUGGGCCGCCAGCACGCCUUACAAACCCAGAAUCUUCGUCAAGAGCAUGAAAUUUGAACAAUUUAACAUUCAAGCGGGAAUUGAUGGAACUGGGGUGCAAACGGAUAUGCUGACCUUGAAUUCUACGGUCAAGAUCUUUUAUCGCAACCCUGCAACCUUUUUUGGUGUACAUGUUACCGCUACCCCUCUUGAACUCUACUAUUACAAGCUCAAGAUCGCUUCUGGUCACAUGAAAAAUUUUUAUCAGCCGAGGAGGAGUAAGAGGGUGUUGGUGGCAGUAGUUGAAGGAAAUCAGAUUCCAGUUUAUGGUGCAGUGCCAAUACUGAACGAUGCUAAAGACCACAGUGAUAGUGUGUCAGUGCCACUGAAUCUAACAUUUGUUAUAAGGUCAAGGGCGUACAUUCUGGGGAGGCUGGUUAAGUCCAAAUUUUACAACAACAUUUUGUGCCAAGUUACUCUCAGGGGGAACCAUGUGGGCAAGCCCAUCAACAUGACAACACAUGGAUCUUGUAUUUAUCAUUGAAUGCUUCUUGUUUCUCAGUCAUUUCUUAUUUUGUCCCGGCCUUAGCAUUUUUUCUACAAAUUAAAUGGUUAGGAUCCUGGUAUUCCAUGUCGGAAAUGGCCUGCGUAGCUAGCUACUUUUAUAUAUAUAAUGUCAUUUUUGUU